GCGAAAUUACCUAAUGAGAUUGACUUAUUAAUUGGUUCUGAUACUCUAUGCCGUUUGAAUGCUGUGGUGGAGUAUUCAGUGGCUGGUCCUCGUUUAUUGCAUAUAAGAAGACCUGAUUUGGCGUGUACCUUGCCCUUGCAUCUCACUCCUCAAAUUGAGAGUGUCUUGCUAGGCUCUGGACCAGUUUGUGAAGAACAGUUGAAGGAUGGUGUGCACUUACUUUGGAAGAGUGAGGCGAGGCCUCCUCUGAAUUUCCGUAAUGCUCAGUCUCGGGCGAAGCGGUUGGAAGUGCGGUUAGCGUCUAUUGGACUGUUGGAUCAGUAUGAUGAGAAGAUUAAUGACUACUUGAAGAAAGGUUAUAUAGUUGAGAUAUCUCCUGAUGAAGCUCGUCAUUUCAUUCCUCACCAAGUAGUCUAUAAGCCUAAUGCCACUAGUAGCAAAGUACGGCCCGUAUGGGAUGCACGCUCUAGUGGUCUUAACUCAUAUUUGUUGGCUGGUCCAUGGCUACAUCCUUCACUAUUUCGUAUUUUAUUGAAUUGGCGUCAAGCCAAAUUUUGGACGAUUGGUGAUCUUCAAGAAGCCUUUUUGAGAGUUCCUGUAUUUAUACAGGAUACUUGGUAUUUAUCGUUCGUAUGGCGAAAUAGAGUGUAUAAGUUUUUGGUGCUUCCUAUGGGACUUAAAUGUUCGCCACAUUUGUUACAAUUGAAGUUAAGUUCUAUUUUGACGGAAAGUCCUUACUUUUCUAUAUAUAUGGAUGAUAUAAGUAUCCAUUCUCCAGAUGAAUUGCAUCGUAAUGAAACGUUAUCUAUGCUUAAGCGUCGGUUGGAACCUGCUAAUCAACAGUUCAAUGAUCUUAAAUGGAUCACUGAAUCAACACGGGAGCCGAAGUCUAUUGUUGGUGUUUGGUGGACUGGUUGUGAAGAAGAUACUCUUUUUCCUACUUAUAAGCUUAAUGAUUCUAUCCCUGAUGUGGUGACUAAAAGGAUUUUAUUGAAGCAUUUUAAUGCUUCUUUUGAUCCUUUGGGAUUGGCUCUACCAAUAUCUAUGUAUGGUAGAAGUAUUUUGCAAUUGGCAAAUAAGUUUGGAUGGGAUGAAGAGCUUCCCAAGAGUUUUUCUUUGCUCUUGAGAAAAUGGCAUAACUUACGUGAACUAAUGCAACCAGUUGCUCGUUAUUUGGAUAUGUCGGCUGGGGUCAGUAUAUUUUGUGAUGCCUCUGAGUUUGCCUGUGCAGCUGUGUGCUAUGUAGGCCCAACUUUGGCAUAUGCUAAGGGUCAUGUGUGGUCAGAAGAUGAGAAGAAGUGGACGGUCCCAAGAAAAGAGUUACAAGCUUUGGUGUUGACUCUGGACCUCCUCUCCUUUUGGCCAGCUGAUAAGCUGAUCUCGAUCUAUUCGGAUUCUGAAAUCAACUUGCAUCGAUUGAUCAAUGGCCAGUAUGAGAAGUUGCCUCCUCCAGAGCGACGAAGAGUGCAAAAAGUAUCCGAGUCCUUUGAACGCCAUAAAGUGAAGUUGUUUCAUUGUGCUUCAUUGGAAAAUAAAGCUGACAUUCUAACUCGACCUCAACAGGUUAUUGGUAAACUUGAUUUAUGGUACCAUUUGGAUGUUGUGCCUAGUGCUAAAGGGUUCGCUUUCAAAAAGGUCGCUGAUGGUUUUGUAUGUGCAGCAUCUAUAGCUGUGGUGAAUUUUCAAGAUGGUACUCCGUCAAUGGAAGAAUUUAGAAUGUUACAGCAAAAGGAUCAUCGAUGGGGUAUAUUGAUAGACUUCCUGCGUCAGAGAGAGUCGAAUGAUGUUAUUGGGGUUUCUCGGCUUUCGUCUAAUCAACGAAAGAAGUGUAAAAGGUUGGAGAAGUAUUUUGUCCUUGUUGACAAUCUUUUAUAUUUCAAGGGUAAAAAUGUUGGACUCCCCGAACAUCGACUGCGACUUGUUGUACCUGUCUCUUUGCAGCAACGUAUAUUGUAUGCUUUCCAUGGCAGUCAACUUGCUGGCCAUCCAGGUCGAAGGAAUACUUAUGAAGCUAUUAAAACUAAGUAUUUUUGGUGGGGUCUAUCAACAUCGGUAAAAAAGUAUGUAUCUUCAUGUCUUCCGUGCUGGCGGCGGAAGGCAGUGGCCGCCCCAUAUGGAUAUAUGAGAUUGAAUGUUUUGCAAUAUCCUUGGCAGUUCACGUCUAUUGAUCUUAUUACAGAUUUGCCAGUAUCACGCCUUG